AUGGCACAGAAACACCACUUCAAUGUUGAGCCCGUGGCUCGUUUCACGGGCCUCAAUGCAGCAAUUCGCAGGCCUCGAGAAAUCGCAUACUUUUCCUUCGACGAGGAUCACAAGUUUCGACUCGAUGACUCGAGCCUGCGCUAUUACUACCCGCCCGCACUUCCUUGCGACCUCAGCAAAGGUUUUGAGACAUUCCACCAACUCGACGACUCUGACGAUGACCAUCUGGAUGGACUCUUGGAUGCGAUCAUGGCGUAUGAGAAAGAGAAAGGCUCCAAAGCGGAGAUCGACUUCAUGACAUGGCGGGGAAUGAUGACCAAGUUGAUGAUAGUUCCCUUUUCCAAACUGGACGACUGGGAAAUGAAUGCCACCUUUUUCCAAGGCACUAUCUUCAUCGAGGAGAACCACACUAAGAAGAUAUCUUCCCGUGAGGAACAGUAUUCAUCUGCGGGGCGACCAGGCGCUAUGUCGCAGGACCUGAUGAGUUUCUGGGGAUACAAAUUCGAGACUGUGUCCUUGAUGCCGACGCCAUGGCCCGAGACCUCUCGAGAGUACAUUGAAUCCCGGGAAGAUCUCCUGGUUAGCAACCACGCUCAAUAUUGCUCCAUCGUCCGCACCGGCUUCGGCAAAGUCAAGAUGAUUCUUGGUGGAGAAGUGGACGCUGUCAUGGCCUUCAAGCCAGAAGACAAAUCUGUGCCCAUCGACUGGGUGGAGCUCAAGACGACGGCCAUGAUCACUAAUGAGAGAGAACAAAUCAAAUAUGAGAGGAAACUUCUCAAAUUUUGGGCACAAUCCUUCCUGCUAGGAGUACCCAGGAUUAUUGUUGGCUAUCGCUCUCAGCAGGGUACAUUGGAACGUCUUGAAGAGUUGAAUGUGCAGAACAUCCCCGACAACGUCAAGCUGAAAGGCAAAGGGCUGAAAGCUACGGUCACUUCUGAUGGCGUCUGGCGGAUCAGAAAGCGAGAAAAGUCUCCUGUGCUGGAGGUCUUCAAGCUGGAAGAAUCAGGGCACGGCGACAUCUUGUCGUCCACUUUUAUCGAGUGGCGUACCCACGGCCUGCCACAGCAUCAGGAACUUUUGCAGAAGCUCAGAGCUAACGCAACAGCAGAGGCAUCCGAACCUCCUUGA